GUGGGCUGUGGGCAGAGGAAGAGAAGUGAAGUGAAGUGAAGUGGGGGAAGGAGAUCGGACAUCGACGCUGACACCGAGAGAGCUGUAAAUGGCAGCACAAUGUGUGACCAAGGUGGAGUUGAGCGUCUCCUGCGACAAUCUUCUAGAUCGAGACGUUGGCUCAAAGUCCGACCCGUUAUGUGUCCUCCUUAUGAAUACCAGCGGACAACAGUGGUUUGAGGUGGCACGCACAGAAAGGAUUUCAAACUGCCUGAACCCAAAGUUCAGCAAGAAGUUCCUAAUUGACUACUAUUUCGAGGUGGUGCAGAAGAUGAAGUUUGGGAUAUAUGACAUCGAUAACAAAUCUAUCGAUCUCGGUGACGAUGACUUCCUGGGUGAAUUUGAGUGCACUUUAGGCCAGAUUGUUUCCAGCAAAAAAAUAACAAAACCACUUGUACAAAAAAAUGGAAAGCCAGCGGGAAAAGGAUCCAUCACAAUUUAUGCCGAAGAGGUAAAGGAUAACAGAGUGGUUGAAUUUGAGGUUGAAGCAAGAAAGCUUGAUAACAAGGACUUUUUUGGCAAGUCGGACCCUUACCUAGAAUUUUACAGACAGACAGAGGAUGGACGAUGGCAGAUGGUGCAUAGGACAGAGGUGAUCAAGAACAAUCUGAACCCUGUCUGGAAACCAUUCAGGAUACCCCUUCGAUCUCUGUGCAAUGGAGACUUUGACAAAGCCAUCAAAGUUGAAUGUUACGACCACGAUAAUGAUGGGUCACAUGACUUUAUAGGCGCCUUUGAGACCACCUUGUCUAAACUUAAGGAAGCUUCUCGUUCCAUGCCAGUGGAAUUUGAUUGCAUAAAUGAAAAAAAGAAGCAAAAGAAGAAAGGGUAUCGGAAUUCCGGCGUAGUGAGUGUGAAGCACUGUCAGAUUGUGGUGGAAUAUUCUUUUCUGGAUUAUAUCAUGGGAGGAUGCCAGAUGAAUUUUGUUGUUGGCAUUGACUUCACUGGAUCCAAUGGGGACCCGCGAUCUCCAGACUCUCUGCACUAUAUUAGCCCAAAUGGCGUUAAUGAGUACCUGACAGCGAUCUGGUCUGUGGGGAUGGUCAUUCAAGAUUAUGAUACGGAUAAAAUGUUUCCAGCAUUUGGUUUCGGAGCCCAGAUACCACCGACGGGUCAGGUUUCACACGAGUUCCCAAUAAAUUUCAACCCAUCCAAUCCUUUCUGCCACGGAAUCCAGGGAAUUGUGGAUGCCUACCGCACGUGCCUUCCUCAAGUGAAACUCUAUGGGCCAACCAACUUUUCACCAAUAAUCAAUCACGUUGCAAGAUUUGCUGCUGCAGCUACACAACAACAGACCGCAUCUCAAUAUUUUGUGCUUCUGAUUAUCACUGAUGGUGUCAUAACUGACCUUGAUAAGACCAGGCAAUCGAUUGUUGAUGCGGCAAAGCUCCCUAUGUCCAUCAUUAUUGUCGGUGUUGGGGAAGCCGACUUUAGUGCCAUGGAGUUUCUUGAUGGAGAUGGUGGGACCCUCCGAUCAGUCACAGGAGAGGCUGCUAUACGAGAUAUAGUACAAUUUGUGCCCUUUAGAAACUUUGUUGGGGCUCCAAAAGAAGCCCUUGCUCAAAAUGUCUUGGCUGAAGUACCGCAGCAGGUUGUUUCUUACUUUACGAUGUACAAACUCAAGCCACCCAAUGAUCCAGCGGCCAAGUGAGAAAGCACAAGUUCUCCUGUGCCAUUAUACGUAGCUGUCAUAUUAUUAAAUAUGUCUUAAGUUCAUUUUACUUACUGUAUAUACAACUUCUAGCCUUUACACGUGUCAAUAAAAGUGCUAUUUUAUGAGA